AUGUACCGUUUGGCAGAUAUUCUUGGUCUCGAUGGUUUCAAACUACCUGCAGCAUAUGCUGUCAAAGGAAAGCUGUCUGCGAAGAAUUUCCUGGAUGAACUGUGCUCGACUUUCUCAUCUCGGUACCGUGACAUCAAGGACGAACAGGUAAAAUAUUUCGAAUCACAUUGCAGGAAUGCCGAGAUGGUGCCCCAGCUGCGGAGCAAACUCGAACUUCUUUCGAGCGGAACUCUCGGCCGUUCAGUCCCUGCGCUCGUCGACCUCUUUUGCCUUUGCUUGAUUGAAGUGAAGGCCCCGUCUUCUCCUACCAUUGCUUCCUUCGCAGAACAAAGAAUCCGCGAGCCCUUCUAA